AUGGCUACUAGCAAGGCGAUGUGGGAGGUUGAUCCCGAAACUCGAUCCAAGCUCAAGCGAUCCAAAAGAGGGCAAGAACAAUGUCUGUUGCGACUGCGGCGCUCCUCCCCACAAUGGGCCUCGCCCAAAUUUGGUGUCUUCAUCUGCCUUUCGUGCGCGGGCGUACACCGCGGGCUAGGCGUACACAUCUCCUUCGUCAGGAGCAUCUCGAUGGACGCUUUCAAGCCCAACGAGAUUGAGCGAAUGCGGCUGGGCGGCAACCAGGGCUGGCGCGACUUUUUCGAGGCCCACGAGGACACGACCAUGAUGGGCCUCACAUGGGACGAGGCCACCAUCGCCGAGCGGUAUAGCGGGACGGUGGGCGAGGAGUGGAAGGAGAGGCUGACCGCCAAGGUGGAGGAAAGGGAGUACGAGCGGUACCCCUCUAUCGGGGAGGCGAGGCGCGUCCAGCACGCCCCCGCGGGCGGGCAGGCCACCGCUAGCGGCGGCAAGGUCAAGGUCGAUGACAAAUUCUUUGCCAAGCUGGGCGCCGACAACGCGGGCCGAAGGGACGACCUGCCUCCGAGCCAAGGCGGCAAGUAUGCCGGCUUCGGAAGCACCCCACACCCAUCCACGGCAAACCCCGGUGCCGGCGGUGCGGCCCCAUCGUUGGACGAACUGCAAAAGGAUCCCCUGGGCGCGCUGACCAAGGGGUUUGGCUGGUUCGCCUCCACCGUGACCAAGACGGCCAAGGACGUCAAUGAGGGUUACAUCCAGCCCACCGCCCAAAAGAUUGCCGAGUCCGACCUCGCCAAGCAAGCUCAAGUCACCGCGGCCCAAGUCGCCCGCCAGGCCCAGCAAGGCGCCCGCACCGCCAACGACGGUUUCCUGCCGGCCGCCGGCGUCCAGCUCCAUCGGCACGGCGGCGAUGGGCAAGGGGGCAGGACCGGCGCGGGCCCCGCCAAGAAGAAGGAUGAUGACUGGGAUGAGUGGUAA